ACUCGCCAGCCGCCGGGCGAUACGCGCGUCGACCGCACGACCACGUUCAGUAAUGCUGUGUUUCGUUUAGGUGCUCGUGUUAUAUUGGACUGAAGUUUUGAUACGAACCGACCAUGCCCGUAGCAACAGGAGGCAUCCGGGCGUUCCUCCGGGAGAACCUCCUCACAUUCCUGACCGUUAUCGGCGUGGUGGCCGGCACGCUGCUAGGAUGCGGGUUAAGGGCUUCAGGACACGAGUUCACGCGGCGGGAAGUCAUGUACUUCCAGUACCCUGGAGAACUGUUCCUGAGAAUGCUCAAGUGUCUAAUAGUGCCACUUCUGGUUUCAUCUAUAGUGUCAGCUAUUGGCUCGUUGGAUUUGAGCCUCUCUGGCAGGGUCGGUCUCCGCGCCAUCGUGUACUACAUGACGACGACAGUCUGCGCUGUGAUGCUGGGCAUCGCGCUGGUCACCACCAUCAAGCCCGGCAUCAGCUCCUCCAACUACCAGCAGCCCAACACCACCAAGGUGCUCACCAAGGACACGCUCACCUCGGACACGCUGCUCGAUCUUAUAAGAAACGUGUUUCCAGAGAACAUUGCUCAAGCUACAAUCGCGUCCUACAGAACGAAGCUCACCAACGAUGGUAUCGAAAAGGGAGCCAUUAAAGGCCAUCCAGAAACCUACAAAAUCGAGGGCGAAUACCAGCCGGGCAGCAACGUGUUGGGUCUGGUAGCCUUCAGCAUCGUGCUCGGUAUUACCCUGGGGAAGAUGGGAGACCAGUCCAAACCCCUACAGGACUUCUUCCAGACUAUGUCGGAGGCCAUGAUGAUCAUCACUGGCUGGGUUAUUUGGAUGUCCCCCCUCGGCGUGUUCUUCCUAGUAACAGCCAAGAUCAUGGAGAUCGACUCGUUCUCGGACCUGGUGGGGCGGCUGGGCAUGUACUUCAUGACGGUGUUGCUGGGGCUGUUCCUGCACGGCUUCGGCACGCUGAGCAUCCUGUUCAUCCUGGCCACGAAGAAGCUGCCGUGUCGGUACAUAGCGAAGAUGGGGCAGGUCAUGGCCACUGCGUUUGGAACUGCUUCUAGUUCAGCGACCAUGCCGAUAACGAUAGGCUGCUGUGACGAUAUGGGCCUGGACCCUCGCAUCACGCGCUUCGUGAUCCCCAUCGGUGCCACUAUUAACAUGGACGGAACAGCGUUGUACGAAGCUGUGGCCGCCAUCUUCAUCGCACAGCUGCGAAAAGUCGACAUGUCAUUCGGCAAGAUCAUUGCUGUGAGUGUGACUGCAACGGCUGCGAGCAUAGGCGCAGCUGGCAUCCCCCAGGCCGGGCUAGUUACCAUGGUGAUGGUACUGGAUACCGUCAACCUGCCUGCCGAGGACGUAUCCAUUAUUCUUGCGGUCGACUGGCUGCUUGACCGAUUCCGGACUACGAUCAACGUGGUAUGCGACGCGCUGGGCGCAAUCAUCGUGACGUCACUGUCCCAGGGCGACAUAGAGAAGACUCGUGCGCUGCAGAACGACCGAGAAGGCGCCAACACACAUGAACUUACGGAGCUGGAGAAGGGCGACCAUUGAACGCCUUUGAGGAGCCAUUAUGCGCGCGAUUGACGAUUGAUAAUAUGAUACCUUUCGGGAAAUGUAUAGUUGAUGUAUUAGUAGGGCGGCCAAAUUGAAGAACCCCGAGACCGCGAUCUUUGUGACGUCAUAGUUAACCCCCCCACAAUCUGAGAAAGUGACAAUUCUUUAUUUCGUACUGAGUAAAGUCUAUCACAUCGAUACCACUUGUCAGCAGUAUACUCUCCAGCCACAUUAACUUUUUUCGAGAACUCUGGCCGCUCUACUAUUAGGCAGUGCCCGCUUAGCGGCUAAGUCGUCGUCUGAUCAACACUCUUGACGGGUUAGUUGACGUCUGGUAUAGUUAAAUAGUUUGGUUACCUCCCUAAGGGUGGUAUGACUGCGCGAAUGACAAUUGAUAAUAGGAUACCUUUCGGAUACCUUUAGGACGCCUUGCGGUCAAGUCGCCUGAUAUAUCAAAACUCUUGACGGGUUAGUUGACGUCUGGUAUAAUAAGUAAAUAGUUUGGAUACCUCCCGAACGGUAUGACUAUGAGAGGCAGUGCCCUCAUUGCGGCUAAGACGUUAAUAAAUCAAAGCUCUGCCGUCGUAGCCGAAUGGCAAUCGUCGACGCCAAACGCAGACAGAAAUGUAGUCUGGCUCUGUCACGACAAUACGCAAGAGCGAUAGAAAUAUCUACGAAACAGAUAUUAUCGUGAGCGUUUGUGUAUUUGGCUACGUAUCCUGGAUGGAAUUUGUGAAACUUUGAGAAAUGAAGUAAAUAUGCAGUUGUUUUAAUGUAAUACGUCUUUGAUAUCAGUAAUCCUUUUUGUGCAACUGUCUUUUUGGAGCCACUUUGUUUCAUAGCAUCUCAUGACCAGUACAUUAAGUUUAUUUUUCCUGAAAAAUAUUGUUACCAUUAUACUCGUAAAUAUCUAAAUAUAUUACGAUAAGUAACUGAAACUUUUAAAUCCCUGAAAUGCUAAAAAAAAUGCGAUCGUUAAAUGCGUUUUGCAUAAUGGCUACCUCCAUAACGGUAUAACCGUUUUGUGUUCAAAGUUAAUUUAACGUUAUCGUGAAAGGACAAUAAUUUAGUUGCUACUAGCACUUGUUAUUGAAUGAAUUUGGUUGUUCUUACCUAAAAUAAGGUAUCGUGUGUUUGUGAUGGUUGGUGUGAGAAGUACGGUUGUAAUUUGUUAUAUUUAGAAGUAUUAAAAACAAAAAUAAAAGACAAAAUACUUAAUCUUACUGAUGAAGAAGAAGAUUAGAGAAAAUGGUCAACGUUUCAAUUAAUUUUUUCACGUGUCACAUACCUAUGACACCACAGUGUGUUUUGACAUUUGAUGUACCAAUUCAGAUUUUAAUAUUUAUUAUAGACAUCUUACACCGGGACAGAAAUUGUUCUAAUGUUAUUUUAGUUUUUGGUAGACGUUGUAAAAUAAUAGAUGUUAAGUAAGGAAUGUAUUUUAAUAGAUAUAUUUAAUGUUGAUGUUGUAUACGUAGUUUUGAUGUUAUACCAAAGAUGUUAACUAUGACCUCAUGGGUGUUCAUAAAAUCAGUAAUUUACCAAUCUACAAAGUAAAAGAAAACCAUGUAUAGUUAAUAUUACUUAUCCCUACUAAUAUUUAAAAUGGGAAAGUCUGUGUGUCUGUUUGUUUAUCCGUCUUUCACGGCAAAACGGAGCGACGAAUUGACGUGAUUUUUUAAGUGGAGAUAGUUGAAGGGAUGGAGAGUGACAUAGGCUACUUUUUGUCUCUUUCUAACGCGAGCGAAGCCGCGGGUAAAAGCUAGUUGUAAUAUUUGACAAGUCGAGACUAUCCGGUUCGAAGGACCAUAAAGUAACAGGUAAUCAAUGAUGAGCUAGUUUGACUAAUACCGAAAGAAAAGUAACGUAAUAAUUGUAUGACAGAUGUCACAAAAAGUCACGUGACCAAUUAAAAUUCCCGUAAAUUAUCUAUGUAUGUUUCGAUUCGGUUCAUGGGACCUAGCUAAGUAACAAUUGCUUAAAGAACACACAAAC